AUGGCCAGCUCGGACGAUUCUACUACCGUACCCCGAGGGCAGAAGUCAUGCCUCAAUUGUAAAACUCGCAAGAUCGCGUGCGACAGACUGAUGCCAGCCUGCUCUUCUUGCAAGAGAAGGAAGAAGAUUUGCUCUGGCUACGAUUACAACCUGUCAUGGCCUCGUGACGGUGAUGAGCGUCGGGCCAUGACCGCCCAGGUUCACAAUCGGAAGUAUCCGGCCAACGCAUUUCCUUUCCUCAACACCUCCAAUAUGGACAUGAUGCUUUACUACGACAGCACGGCUUUCAAAUCCGAUUCCGAUAAGCUGGCCGUCUGGAUGCCAUCGAUACGCCGCUCACCGCAACUACCCCGAUUUGGGAGCAACAAGUCUCCAAUAUACGAUGCCGACAUGUCGUCUGCUGUUCGACUCAUUACUUCUCGGGGUGAUCUGCGACAAGAUGUGUGUGGUCUUCUUCGCCGAAUGUCUCUCACAGAUAAUGGUAUCGCGUCUCUUGCAGUACGAUAUGCCAUGAACGCCAUUUCAUACCUGUAUCUUAGAAGGCCAGACGAAGCGAUGCUGCAUCAGAUGCGUGCUGUUUCUGCGCUGCAAGGUGCAAUUGAUCGGAUCCAAGAUGCCCGAUGCAGAGCUCAGGCCAUUGCCGCGAGCCUGCUUCUCAGUCUAUACGAGUCAAGCUAUCAAGGCCAUAAAGUGAGUGAAGGCGAACACGCAACGCUGCUGGAUUGGGUGUUCUACCACAACGUCCUCUACAAAUUCAGCCUUCAGCAUUGGCAGAGACGCACCCCGGAAAUGGCAGCGAUUGCGCAGCGGGAUAUGCGCAUUGCCAAAAUUGUGUCCACGAGCCACUUCAGCACGAUCCAUAGCACCCUCGGCUGCUCACUCGAACUUCUAGAAUACCUGAGCAGAGCCAUCAAUCUCAUCAAAGACCGGGAUGAUCCGGAAUAUUUAUCGAAACGGCAUUCACACGCCAUUUAUGACCUCGAAAGGAACAUCAGAGACAUUGGUCAGCAGCUAUGCAGCGGCAUCGAUAGAGAAGACUACCACGUGGCUGGGAGCAGGAAGCGGUAUCUCACGAUCGCUCGCAUGUACCAGCUUGCCGUUCUCAUCUAUCUGGAUCGUGUGGUUCGCGGUUCUUUUUCCGAUUCGCGCCUGUCACGCGCCAGUGCAGAGGAAGCACUGAGCCUCUUGGCCGAUCUCGGCCUGUGCGAAAGACCGUUCAUCAUGAUCAUGCUGGCUCUGCAAGCGGAAAAUGACAACGACAGGCUACUGAUUCUUUCCUCGCUGAAGAAUGCAAUACACGAGAGGCCACUGAGCAACCUCGCCUCGACAGAGCAAAUUAUACGGCGAAUAUGGGCACAGCACGACCUUUGCGGUGGUGGACAAGCAGAUGCUUUGAAGAUCCUGAACGCCGUCAUCAGCAUCAACGAAAUACCGCCCUCCUUCACCUAGG